UCAAUUGACUAAAGCUAGCUAGCUAGCUUCUAAAAGAGGACCCCACCUUUUCUCAAAAAGUGAUUCAACAAAUAUUAUAUCAAGCAUCAUCAGACCAUACUCACUUCUCUUCUCUCGCUCUGAAGCUCUGAAGCAUAUAUACUCUCACACUUACACUUCUGGAGAGUUGUAAACUUUUCUUCUCCAUUCUCUCUAGCGGUGUGAAGGAGAGAUCAUGGGGAGAGCACCAUGUUGUGAGAAAGUAGGUUUGAAGAGAGGGAGAUGGACAACUGAAGAAGAUACAAUCUUAACGAAUUAUAUUCAAGCUAAUGGUGAAGGUUCAUGGAGAUCAUUACCCAAAAAUGCAGGUUUGUUGAGGUGCGGAAAGAGUUGCAGACUAAGGUGGAUUAAUUACUUAAGAGCUGAUCUAAAGAGAGGAAACAUCUCUACUCAAGAAGACGAUAUGAUCAUUAAGCUGCACAGCACUUUGGGAAAUAAGUGGUCGGUGAUAGCUGGACACCUACCGGGAAGAACAGACAACGAGAUAAAGAAUUAUUGGAAUUCUCAUUUAAGUAGAAGAAUUCAUACUUUCAGAAGACCCCUGCAUUACAGUAAAGAAACUCCAUCGCUGGUGACAGUAGAUACAACUAAAUUGAAGAGUACAAAUGGUGGUAAAACGUACAAAGGUGGUAAAAAAAGUAGAGGAAAUAUGAAAAAGAACAAAUUAAUACCAUCAGGUAAUAAUAUGGCAACACGGAUGGCAGAGAGAAAAACUACUGAUGAUGAUCAUGAUCAUGAUCAUGAUCAUAGAAAAAGUGGUUGUGAAGAUGAUGUAAUGAUAACUGUAACACCCAUAUCACCCCAAGAGAAAAAUACCCAGAUGAUGGAUGUACUAAGGCAAGUGGAGAAAGAGAAACAAAGGACAAAUAUGGACUCAUGUGACCGAAGAGAUCAAGGUAAAGAAACCAUAGUUAUUUCAGGUCCUUUUCAUGAUGAAGUUGGAGGAAUAUUAGGUCCUAGUGGGGGAAGUGAACAUCAAGGAAAGGGAGACAGUGUAUUAACGUUGUGUACAGGUGAGGAGGAGAUAGAAAGUGGGUUGUUGAAUAGUCCAUAUGUAGAACAAGUACUGCUUGCCUCUGGCAUAUUCUGCUCUAAUGAAGAACUUAUUAUGGGCAAUGAAAAUUUGGGUCCGUCAUCAGAUAUUGAUGACCACAAUGGCCCUAUUAAUGGUCAUACAUUUAGUGAUGGGGCUGGAAAUAGGGUCAUGGGUGGUUCGAAUAUUAGUGACGAUCAAAACCAUGAUUUCAUUCAGAGUAAGCUCAUCACAAACCUAAUGGAGUACUCUUCUUCUUCUUCAAGUAGUCACGAUCAAGCAGAGACUGUUUGUGAUGAUCAUGUUUUUGUAAGUUCAGGUAAUACUAUUUCAGACAUGCAGCAUGGAAGUCAUGAAUUAUGCCCUAGUUCUUCAAUGAAUUCAACUACUACUUCAAGUAGCUUUACUACUAUUAAUACUGAUACAAUUGAAGAUAGCGAAUGGGUUUACAAUUGGGAUUUUGAUAUGGGAAACGCAACUGUUGAUAUGGAUUUGAAAGCAACUUCUGCAGUAUGGGAUAUUGAAAAAGAAGAAAUGCUAUCUUGGUUAUGGGAGAAUGAUGAUACUGGCGAUGAUGCAGCUGCAACUAUUCCAGAGUCUGAAAAACAACAAGCUUUAGCUGAUUGGUUUCUUUCUUUAACUCGUUAGUUAUCAUUCAUGAUGUUUUUGAAAUUAGAGGGCUUGCGACCUAUGUUAGUUUAAAUUUGGUUUGGAAAUAAAAAUGAUCUUUAUUUUAUUCAUUUAACAACA